AGAGUGAAAUGUUAGUAUUGUGACAACACUAGCCAAGCCUGCAUGAGACCUAUUGUGAAUCCUGUGAAUUGUUUGAUAAUCUUAAACCUUAUAGCAACAGCAUGCAAAUAGUCACGCCUCCAGUCUGCCAGCAGGGACCAGAGACACAGAUUCCCCAGUCACUGCAGGUGCACAGCUCAACAACACCCAAAACACUUUAAACCAAAGCACCAACCUCCAUGGCUCAGAUUCAGCCUGCAGGUGCUCAUGUGGAGGAGGUGGAGUGGAGCACCGCCCUGCUGGACUGCUUCGAGGAUUCCGCGACGUGCUGUUAUGGGUUCUGGUGUGGGCCUUGUCUCUCGUGCACUGUGUCCGGGAGGAUGAAGGAGUGCUACUGUCUCCCCCUCUGUGACUACUGUAAUCCUGCUGUUGGUAUCGGCUGCUGCCUGGGGGCCCCCCCAUGCAUCCCACCGGCUGCGUUUGGCCUGCGGGUGGCGCUGAGACACAAAUACAAAAUUAAGGGCUCCAUCCUGAAUGACCUCUGUGUUUCCUGGUGCUGCCCGAUGUGUUCGUGGUGUCAGAUGCAUCGAGAGCUCAAAAAGAGGAACACAACACCGAAUGUGAUAAACAUCCAGAACGUGGUGCACAUGCAGCCAGGCCCUAUGAUGAACCAGUCCACAGGUGUCAUGUACUGAAAACCUGCAAUCAAAAAUAUUACACCAGA